AUGGGUCCUGCUGCCGCCGGCGUCCUGCAGCUUCUGCUGGUGACCGUGACGGUUCUGCCCCCCGCGGUGAGCCUCCCUUGCCCUCGUCCCUGCUCCUGCCCCCAGCCCGUGGAGCUCCACUGCACCUUCCGCUCGCUGGUCGGCGUCCCGGCGACGGUCCCCAAACACGUGACGCGCAUGAACCUGGGAUUCAACAGCAUCAGCAGGAUCACAGAAAAAUCACUGGCAGGUCUGAGAAAACUGGAGCUGCUCAUGAUUCAUGGGAACGAAAUCCAGAGUCUGCCUGCUGGUGUGUUCAAAGACCUCGCUUCACUUCAGAUGUUGAAGAUGAGCUACAACAAGCUGACGGAGGUCACCAGGGACACCUUCCACGGUCUGUGGUCUUUGACCAGGCUGCACCUCGACCACAACCGCGUGGAGUCCAUCCAUCCCGACGCCUUCCAGGGCCUCACCUCCCUGCGCCUACUGCAGCUGGAGGGCAACCGGCUGCAGCAGCUGCACCCGGCCACCUUCAGCACCUUCAGCGUGAUGGGCAGCUUCCACGUCUCCACCCUGAGACACCUCUACUUGUCCGACAACCAGCUGACGUCGCUGCGGCCCGGGCUGCUGGCCUCGGCGCCCCAGCUGGAGAACCUGUACCUGCAGGGGAACCCGUGGACCUGCGACUGCAGCAUGAAGUGGCUACACAGCUGGAACGCCACGUACCCAGGAGUGCUGAAGUGUAAAAAGGACCGUGCUCUUCCCGGUGGUCAGCUGUGUCCCGUGUGUUCAUCUCCGAAACACCUCCAGGGUGGAGAACUCCUCGCCGCGGAGGGUCUGCUGUGCAGCCGGCCCGUCGUCAGCUCAGCUCUCAGAACAAGCCCGCCUGAGGACGUGGAGAGCGAGGUCUUGACCAUCGAGGACUUCAGAGAAUCCCUUGGAAGCGUCUCUCUGGGCCUGUCGGAUGAACAUGGGAACGAGGUGGACUUGGAUUGUCGCGUCGAGGAGCCCAAAGAACUGACAAAGGCCAGCUGGGAGCAGGUGGACCAGCUUCACCUCACCGCCAACAUUUCUUUGUCCGUGGAUCUUGACUGUCCAGUGGACCGAGAGAAAUAUGAGCAGCUGUGGAGGCUGAUUGCGUACUACAGCUCUGUGCCUGCUCACUUACAAAGGGGGAUUAUUGUGAGCCAAGACCCUCAUCCCACAUACGCGUUCAGACAGGACUCUGAGAAAGACGCCCUGUACUACACGGGGGUCAAAGCAAACAUGAUGGCCCAGCCGGAGUGGCUGAUGCAGCCGUCCGUGGACCUCCAGCUGAACAGGCCUCAGUCGUCGGCAAAGAUGGUGAAACUGACCCUGAGCACAGACCUUUCAGAGAACGUCGACAUUGAAGCGAUGCGGAGACAGAGGAGGACGUGGGUCACGAUCGAGUCAAUAAACACGACUCAGAGGAUGCUGAGCGCCCUCGUGGGAAGCCCAAGUGAAAUGUACUGUAACGUGCACAGCUCAGGCCGGCCGGCGGUCCAGUGGACGCUGCCGGACGGCUCCAGGCUGGAGGCCUCCGACCGUGGCACAGACAGCAGGGUCUCUGUUCACAGCGACGGACGGCUGCUCAUUAAAGCUGUCAGCCACACCGAUGCAGGGGUUUACUACUGCGUCUCCAGGGUUCAGGGAGACUUUGCUGUCAUGCCUUUUCAUUUAACAGUGCAUGAAUCAUCCAGCCCUCCUCCAGGAGAGGACACGUCCACUGUGGAGGGGUCUGUAGGGAACCCUGUCUCCCUGCCUUGUGAGGCAUCCGGAUCCCCAGAUCCUGAAAUUCAUUGGAUUUUACCACAUAACAACAUUGUUAGUUCCCAAACAAACACCUCCCGCACUUCAGUCUACCCAAACGGCACUUUACAUAUAGCAAAGCUUCUGCCAUUGGACGGCGGUUAUUAUAAAUGCAUUGCCUUGAAUCAACACGGCGUGGAUACUCUGACCACCAGAGUGGUCGUCGUCAAGCACAAAGGGAUCCUAAGACCUUUCAGAAAAUUUCCAGCUCAGCCUCAGUCGGCCUCUGGAGUCAGUACUCAGAUUACAGUCCCGUCAGGAGACACGGAGGAGGUUUCCGGGGACGGCGAGGUGUUUCAGGAGGGGACUUCAACAAACCACGAAGAUCCCGUCAGAAGGAGGGUGUCUGGCAGUGUGGUUCCAGGCAGGAGAGGCCUCCUACCCACCAGGACUCUGCGACGGAGGCCACCGGUGCUCCAGAGACCAGCGACAACACGUGUGACAGAGAGGAAAAACCCUGUUCAGAACAGGAGGAGGAUUAACGUGUCAAAGAGUAAAAUAGACCCAGAGAAAUGGGCUGAUAUUCUGGCAAAGAUUCGAGAUAGAAACGCAGUAAUUACUGCGUCUCCAUUCCCAGAGAGGACGGCGACGGAGCCGACGACGCAGGCUUCUGAUGGCGUGACAGCGUUAGAAAAAAGAGACGAGGAUGACUUGACUACAGCACACACUCCUCCACAACAUCCACAAAUAAAAAGUAAUAAACACAGCAUCCAAAGCCAAAGCACGCAUGAGGCAUCUGAGAGGUACACCACACCGAAUCCUUCCGAGAUGACUUCCAACUUCCAGCACUACAUGCAGGCCACAACAGAAGCAGCAGACAUCACACUGAGUGCAUACAGCGAGUGGCACACAAGCCGCGAUACACACUUGGCCCAACACACAGGUUUCCUGCCACAGACCACAUCUGUUCCUUUACACACUGUCACUCUGUGGCAGGAGAUUUCAAACACUGCGAGCAGCAGGACAGUUUCGCUCCAAGAUCACAGCGUGUAUUCAGAGGAUGAUGGAGUCCAAACAGCCGACUGGUCAGACGUCAGUGAUUCAGAGCAUAAAAGUGACAAUAUGGAUAAAUCAGACGUCGCUGCUGGAGAGUCCUCUGUUCAGGGAAGUGAGAUCAUCCCUUCAGUCAACCCCAAUGAAUCGGCCACGAGUCAAAAACACAAUGGAAAACAUCUGAGUGUCACUGCGAAAUUACAGACAAACUUUGAUGAUUUGCAGUCUGAGCAAAUGGUCUCGACAGCGCCGACGACGGCGUCGUCAACACAGAGCAGAUCUGAGCAACCCAACUCCAGGAGGAGGAAUGGAGGUCGGAGGAGAGGACAGAACAGGAGGAGGCACAAGCUGAGUCGACCCGCAGCGCCAGUGACUCCCGCCGCCUCCCCGCGCUCAAAGACGGAGCCGCUGGACGUUACGACGGCGCUCCUCGGCACCGCCGUUCCAUUCACCGUCAGCCAAGUGGCGUCAUCAGGCAGACUGAGUCAUAGAGCGGGCGAGCUCUCUCGACACGACCACGAAGAAACCACCAGACCCUCCUCACAUAAAACAUCUUCUCAAACCAAGCGCAGACGUCUACCGUCGGCCAAACCGCAGAUGAAGAGCACAUCGGCAGCGCCGUCGUUUCCAAUAACGUCUGCAGGAGCCGGUCAUGGAAAGAUGAAUUCCCACACAGCGGCUCUGCCAGAGUACUCAGCCCCUCCGCCGAGUCCUCUUCCACCUGCUCAGCCCUCGGAGGCAGCACCCCUCCCCGAAGGCCCUGGACCAGAGCCACAUCCUGAGGGAACCACUGAGGGCUUCCGUGUCCAAACACAAACAGAUGGAAUGAGGAAUCAAUCAGGGAAUCCGCACACGCAGGAGAAUGAUGCAGCUUUCACCUCGCCUCCACGUCCAUUCACCUCAUCUGAAACAACAUCUGGAUACUCUUCCAGCGCAUUAAUUACAAUCCGGAGCACACUUUAUUCAACAGAUCAGGUUACCACAGAGUUACCCCGAAGUCUGUAUCAUGAGCAAAAUCAAACCACAAGCACAGAGUCUGUGGAGGAUCCGGAGAGAAUAACUCCGCCUCCUGCUGCCUCUACUCUUCUUCAUACUGUAACUCCAUCCACAGUCCCGUCACCCAUCUCCUCCACAGGUGACAGGAUCUACCCUCCAGUGCCAACUCCAGCCACGACAGUCAGCCAGAGUCAAGAGGAAGACAUGACCUCCACUAUCACCACGCCAGAGCCAGACAGAGGAACAGACUUCCAUCCUACAGCUGACCGCAGGCCUGCAGGCCAACAUUCAACAGUGAGCAGCCUGCAGGUCAGCAGCCAGACAGCGCCCCCUCCUGCUCCAGGCCCAUCCAGACCCUCCACAGAGCAACCACGAACCAGCACGGACGGAAGACCCCUGCUGCCUGGGCGAACAUCUUCAAGAGGAAAACCAACCAUAACGAAGAACAACUUCCAAACUGUGACUGUGAGAGCUGAAACAGACGCCGUGCUUCCCUGUGAGGCUGACGGCGAUCCGAUGCCCUUCCUGUCGUGGACCAAAGUCUCGACUGGGGCGAGCAUCGCCAGGAACAUGAGGGUCCAGAGGUUUGAAGUCCACCAGAACGGGACCUUAAUCAUCAGGAACACCGAGCCGUCAGACCAGAACCAGUACCUGUGCACGGUCCAGAACCAGUACGGCACAGACCGGAUGCUGGUCAGCCUCGUGGUGCUGUCUGAGCACCCGCGGGUGCUGCAGCCUCGCCACAGAGACGUCUCUGUGAACGUUGGCAGCAAAAUGGAGUUGGAGUGUAAAGUGGAAGGACAUCCCGCCCCCCGGGUCACCUGGGUGCUUCCUAACCAGGCCCACAUGCCCGCCGGCGCCUCGCAGCAGCGCAUUGCCGUGCUCGCCGACGGGACCCUCCAGAUCGGCGAGGUCAGGUACACCGACAGAGGCGUCUACAAGUGCCUGGGUAGCAACGUGGCCGGCGCCGACUCGGCGUCGGUGCGUCUUCACGUGUCGGUGCUGCCUCCCGUCAUCCGGCAGGCCCUCCACGAGAACAGCAGCCUCCCCGAGGGCAGCAGCGCCUUCUUACACUGCACCGCCUCAGGGGCGCCGCCGCCCGUCGUCCGCUGGACCGCGCCCGACGGCCUGCAGCUGGCCGCCGCCCAGUCCGCCACUGCGCGCAACAUGGCGGUCUUCCCCAACGGGACCCUGCACAUCCGAGAGCUGGGCUCAGGAAACGCCGGGCGAUACGAGUGUUGGGCCAGUAACGGGGUGGCGCACAGCAGGAGGACGGUGAACCUGAGCGUCAGGAAGACGGCGCUCUCCGCCAAGGCCAGGAUCAGCUCGUCCUCUCCUCAGAGGACCGACGUGGUCUACGGCAGCACGGUCCUGCUCCACUGUCAGGCUCAGGGAGAACCAGAGCCCCGCAUCAUCUGGAGGACUCCGUCCAAGAGGCUGGUGGACAUCCAGUACAGCGUUGACCCCAGGAUCAAAGUCUUCUCCAACGGCUCGCUAACCGUCCGCUCCGUCACCGACCAGGACAGCGGCGACUACUUGUGCGUGGCUCGCAACAAGCUGGGCGACGACUACGUCCUGCUGGAGCUCGGCGUUCUGACCAGAGCCGCCAAGAUCGAGCACAAGCAGCAGCAGCGCUCCAGCCAGGAGGUGCUGUACGGCGGAGACCUGAAGGUGGACUGCGUGGCGUCCGGACUGCCCUACCCAGAGAUCAGCUGGGCGCUGCCGGACGGCACCAUGGUCAACCCGGUCAAACAGAAGGACGGGAUCGCUGCGGGUCGCAGUCGCCGGUAUGUGGUGUUCGACAAUGGGACUCUCUACCUGAAUGACGUGGGCACGCCAGAAGAAGGAGACUACACCUGCUACGCAGAGAACCAGCUGGGAAAAGAUGAGAUGAAGAUCAGAGUCAAGGUCAAAGCCGGAGCUUCCCCGCCACAGAUCCAAGGGAAAGACCAGAAGAGCCUCAGCGUUCACUACGGGGAAACCGUGACGCUGAGGUGCGACGCCGGAGGUGAACCGCCGCCCGUCAUCACCUGGAUUUCUCCCACAAACAGAGUGAUCGCCCCGGCGCUGGACAAGUACCAGGUCCUGAACGACGGGACGCUGGUGGUUCAGAAGGUCCAGCGCUUCGACGCGGGGAACUACACCUGCCUCGCCCGGAACAAAGCGGGACACGACCACAAGGUCACGGCGCUGGAGGUGUUGGUAACUCCUCCGGUGAUCAGCGGCCUCAGAGGAGCCGCCGCCAUCAGGGUGAGCGCCGUCCAGGACCAGCCCAAGCUGCUGGACUGCGUGGCGAAGGGAACCCCUGCUCCUCGCGUCAUGUGGGUGCUUCCCGGGAACGUGAUCCUUCCUGCGCCUUACUACAGCAAGAGGAUGGCGGUUCACCUCAACGGCACCUUGGAGAUCCGAUCCGCAAAGAAGACGGACUCGGGGCAGCUGACCUGCAUCGCCCGGAACGAAGGAGGCGAGGUCAAGAUGGUGGUGGACUUGACCGUGAAGGAGGCCGUGGCGAGGCCGCAGGUCAGAGGUCCUGAGGCGGACGGCCGCUCGCUCACCGUGGGUAACGCCAUGACCCUGAACUGCUCGCUGGAGGGCACGGCGCUCUCACACGUCACCUGGAUCUUACCCAGCGGGACGCCUCUGUCCGCCGGAGCUCGGCUCUCAAAGUUCUUCCACCGGCCCGACGGCUCGCUGCUCAUCAGCAACCCCUCCAUGGCCGAGGUGGGGACGUACAAAUGCUUGGGCCGAUACGUGGGGGGACUGAUGGAGCGCACCGUCACGCUGUCCCCGGGCAGGAAGCCCGAGAUCAGCAGCAGGUACGACGCUCCGGUCAGCGUCACGAACGGAGAGAUGCUCCUGCUUCACUGUCAGACCGCCGGCGAGCCUCUCAGACUCACCUGGACUCUGCCCAGCGGGGUCGUGCUCAACAGGCCCCAGAGGGCCGGACGCUACGCCGUCCUGCCCAACGGGACCCUCGCCAUCCAGAUGGUCUCGCUGUAUGACCGCGGCCCGUACACGUGCCGCGCCACCAACGAGUACGGCAGCUCCGUGCUUCCCGUGUCCGUCGUUGUCUCGGCGUUCCCACCGCGGAUCACCAGCGGCCCUCCGUCCGUGACUUACGCCAAACGCGGAGUGGCCGUCCAGAUAAACUGCGUAGCGACGGGAAUGCCGAGAGCGGAGGUGGCGUGGGAGACGCCCGAUAAGAUGCGCCUGGCGGUCAGCGCGCAGCCGCGUCUUUUCGGGAACAAGUACCUCCAUCCGCAAGGUUCCCUCAUCAUCCAGAACCCCACGCAGAGAGACGCUGGCGUUUACCGCUGCACGGCCAAGAACGCCAUCGGAGUCGACUCCAGAUCCACCUUUCUAAAUGUCUUCUGAAAGCGUGACUGUCGAUCGCCACCCUACCGCCGCACUGUACGCCCAGGAAACUGCCGACUCGGGGGUCUGCAGCCCGUCUGCAGUGGAACCCCGUCACCCUCACGAGACAGAUGUAAAUAGAGAUUUUAUUUUAUUUCCACACCAGGACUCUUGUUUCUUGAUUCAAAAAGGGAUAAACAGGUUAAAUAGCUAAAAGGCCAAAAAUUGCUAAGUAAAAAAAAAAAAAAAAAUGCUAAUAAAAUAAUUAAAAAAUUACGAAGGGUACAUUUCUUUUCCUCUUUCCUAAACAAAAGAUCAGAAGUGUUCAAACUGCAUGUGGCUUCUCAGCCGCUCU